AAGGACGAAAUCUUUACCCGAUUGAGCAUAUUUUUAGUGAGUUGUUUGAUGCCGUAUUUUCCCAUUCCAGUUCGUGUUUUUGUAAGGGAACCUCAACAUGACUCACUAGCCUGAGGAAACAUUCGCGAGUCUCCAAUUGGCUCGAGGACAAGCAAAAUCGACUUUCAUUCACAGAUCUAGGUCUCAGGUGAGGUCCGACGGGCUUGUCUUCCUUCCUUCAGUGGGCACGUUUCCAUAAGUGGGAAAAACGGAGAGGUCGGAGUCUAUCUAGUACAGUAUUAUUGCCCUACGUAGAUGAGUACACGUACACUGGGUAAUACACACGCAAGAACUGGGGGAAAGAAAGCAUCCCAGAUGAAGAAAGAUGUUUGCCCGGCUUCCUCCCCGGUCUAAAAAGGGAAUGCAUUUUGAACCCUUGUUCUCGCAGUUCAGCAUUUCGUUCCUAGUUAUCCAUGCUUUCAUGGGUUCAGCGUGCAGGAUGAAGAUACUCGUUGGAUCAAUCAUUCAAGAGGCCAUGGACAAGUUGUGAUAAUUACGAAGAGGCACAUUCUAAUUUGUGGAGCAAUCCUGAACUCUAACGAACUUGACGAGAGCCACUGGACGGUGAAAGUGAAGGUAAAAAAGCCAUACUGGUGAAGAAACUGUCAUUAGGACCAGUGCCUUCUUCAAGGAAUCGCCAAGGAUUAACCGCUUGACCGCUUCACCGGUGGCGCUUCAAGCACAGAAUGAUGAACCUUGAGCAAGUGAAGGCCGCCAUCAAAGAAAUCGGCGAAUUUUCGCCAAAAUUAGAACAAGUGUUAGGCUACUUGUUAGGCGAAAAUGACAAGGUUAAGGAUGAGUUUCAGAAGACUACGGCCAAGCUUCGGUCCGACUUUGACGCUCAAUUGAAAGAAAUAACCGACGAGACGCAAAACGACAAAAAGUCCCUCUUGGACAUGGUGCGCCAAUGCAAUGAAGACCAAAGGGCGGAAAUGAAAGAAUUGGAAAUCCUGACCAAAGGUGAGAACGAUGAGCGAAAAAAAGAAACGCAACGACUAAUAUCGGCUCUAAAUGAGGAAAACGAAAAACGGGUGAAAGAAGGGCAAAUUCUGAAGGACAAGAUGGAAAAGGAGAAAAAGGAACUACAAGCUUAUUUGGAACAGGACGCCAAGGAGAUGAAGUCUAAAAUGGAAAUGGACAGUCGGGCCCUCAAAGAGAAAUUGGACCAUGAGGCCAAGGAACUAAAAGAUAAGCUCACCAAGGAGAACGAGCUUCGAACCAAGGAGAGCAAAGCCCUGGCCGAAAAACUCGAGAAAGACAAGGCCAUGCUGGCCAAACAAUUAGAAAGUGGAACCAAAGAGCUCAACGAUCAAUUGGCCAAGGACGAGGAGAGGCGACGAAAAGAGGCUCAAGAACUGAAGGCCAAACUUGAUGAUGACAAGAAAGAGCACGGGAACGAAAUCACGCAAAUGUUUGAUCGCCUCAAGUCAGAAAAUGAAUUGAGAAAACAGGAAGUGCAUGGCUUAAAAGAUAUUCUGGUCAGAGAGAACGACAAACGCAUUCGAGAAACAGAGGAUCUCCGAGUUCAGGUCGAAUCCGGCAUGCAACAGCUCAUGUCAGCUGUUGAGAAAGAGACAGCUGAAUGCAAAGCGAGACUUCAAACCACCGAGGAUGAACUCACGGAUGCAAUGAAGAAGGACAAGAAAGAGGUCAGGGAUAGGAUGGACACCGUGGCUGGUGACAUGAAAAAAAAGAUGGAGCUCGAAACCAACGAGAUGCGAGAGCGCAUGCAGGUCGAUAAGAAGUCGAUGCUGAGUAACUUGGCCGAGGAGAAUGACGAGCGGAGGAAGGAGAUGCAAUUACUCAAGAACCAUCUGACCAAGGACAGAGAGGACCUGAGAGCCCAGAUGGAAUGUGAUGUGAAGGUCUUGUUGGAUCAGCUUGAAAAAGAUUCCGGGGACAUUCUUGGUCUCUUGAAGAAGGAACGCUCCGAACGGGAGCGAGAAUUAACUCUUGUCAAAGAUCGGAUCGUGAACGAAAAGAAGGAACUACAGAUCUCAAUUGAUAAAGACCGAGAAAAUUUUACUCGCAAGAUGAAUGAGGAGCAUGACCAACGAAGAUUAGAGCAAAUGGAGAUGAAGGAGCGGCUCGACAACAACGAGAAGGCGAGUAAAGCCGAUAUUCAAGAUCUCUACCACAAAAUGAAACGAGAGAUUGAAGCCAGGGAGCAAGAAAACGAUGAACUGGUACAAGAUAUGAAGACCGAUCGGGCUCAGAUGGAGGAAAAACUCAUCAAGGAGAGACAAACUUUACGCGAGGCUCUCACAUCCGAGACCACGGACAUAGAAAAUCGUAUGGAAAAGCUCAACGUCGAGAGAGUCAACGACAACGCCGACAUCCAAGCGAAGGUGGCCAUGUUAGGCAAAUCGGCCUCGAGGCACAUCGACAAUCUGAAACAUUAUGUCUUCCGCGAAUGUCAGAGUCUCUUCGAUUUGGCCACCAAGCCUUGCUCGGUGGUUUUCAAUGCCUAUCGCGACGAGUCCUAUGUGAAUGGAGGUGAAGACUACUUGACCUUCUCGGGAUGCACCGUCAACAUUGGCAAUGGCAUGAACCCUAAAUCAGGCGAAUUCAAAUGUCCAGAGGGAGGCCUUUACCUGUUCCUCGUCACGUGUUGCACCUAUGAUAUGAAGAAAUGCCUCAUUUCAAUCCGCAAGAACGGGAAGGACGUGACCAAUUUUCACGAUCAGGAUGGAGAUCAAAACAAGGGGAAAACCAUGAUUGGCCAAAACGUUCUACUCGAGCUUAUUGUCGGGGACAAAGUGCAAAUUUACACUUACACCGCCACGGGCAUCACCGACCACAAAAACAGCCGCUACACCCAAUUCAUCGGCCUCCUGAUGCGCCCUUCGGUGGACAGCAUGCACGAAGUGGUUCGGCGUCUGGGAGCCACAGACUUGGAGGACGACGUCUCCGUGGUGGACGACAGUGUGCGAUCGACAGCCUCCACUCUCCGAGGCUUUGGGCUCAAUAAUGGUGAUUCUAAACGCGAAAGUCGGAAAGGUCGCUCCCGAACGGCGAGUCGCAUCACUUCGCCCCCUCCUUCAUCGUCUUCUUCCGCUUUGACAAGCACGCUAGAUGCAUCCGGUGUUGGACGGGGCACAUCGGUUUUAGGGCCCAACACUGACCUAGCUUCGGUGGAGGUCAACAACGCAGCUGGCUUGAAAAUAGACGAAAAUGGGGCCAAAUCCACAGUCUCGUCCUCCCUAAGCCCAAAGGUCGGCACCUCUCCCGUAAAUGGUACUCAAAAUGGUGCUCAAAGUGGAGCUCAAAGUGGAGCUCAAAAUGGUCGGUCCUCAACGGAGAAAGAUCCCCGACCACAAUCGUACCUGGCCUUAACGUCAUUGGGAGGGAACAAAAAGUCCGUGGAAAAUGUAAAUAAGAAGGCGGAAGGCCCCACUUCGUUUGGAUCCGCGACGAUGAUGGACCGAGAGAGAACGCCCACCAGAUUGCUCGCAAACUCAUCCAAAAAGUCAAUAGGAAAAGUUAACAACGUCACCGCCACCAAAGUUGGAAAUGGAAGUGGAUCAGCCAUAGCCAAUUUGGCAAGUUCCACCUUAAAAGGUUUCACCAAAAUGUAAACAAAAGCAACAACUAACAUAGAUUGGAAAGCUGGUAAACCGAUCAAAAUGAACACAAAAAAUGAAAUGUUCCAAACCCAAGUCUUUUAUAUUGUUUUUUUAUUCAUAACAUUGUGUUAAACACACCAUUACACGAACAAAACAACAUCUCUACAAAAAGGAUGAAUCAUUGGAUGUAAAUAGAGGUAGGGUUCAUGUCAA